AUGUUAGGCCCACAAUGCUUGGAAAACCUCGUUUGCUACACUAAGGAGGUCGAGGAGGAGGAGGAGAAGCAGGAGGAGGAGGACGAGGAGGAGGUCGAGGAGGAGGAGGAGAAGCAGGAGGAGGAGGACGAGGAGGACGAGGAGGAGGUCGAGGAGGAGGAGGAGGAGAAGCAGGAGGAGGAGGAGGAGGAGGACGAGGAGGAGGACGAGGAGGAGGAGGAGGAGGAGGACAACUAA